AUGCGGGCUCUCGAUCGAGUUUUCAGUGGGGAUGAACCGGCGUGUGAUCGGAGGUCCGCGGACGGGUCGUGUAUGAGGUACCCGCCCGCGGUUGCUUUUGCCCAAUCCUUCCGUCUCAUUCCCAUUUUAACGUAUUCAUCGGUAUGUCGCAAGGUUAAUGGAUUACAACCUUUUUAUUCUCGUUGCGUCCCCAUUAAUUCUCACUCGGGUUUAUGUAUCUCGUGUGGACUAGAAGGGUUAUCCCUCUUUCCCUCGGCCGCUGUACGUGGUACAGGGCCCCGAAUUGGAAUUUUACUUAUAUCACCAAUUACGACUACCGAGCUAACCCUGCAUCAGCGCGCCAGUGUAUUCUUAGCGAAUUCACUAACCGCCCGGAACAUGACCUCGGAGCUCGUCAUGAACUCUAACUCACACGGCCAGUCCGCACCGGCCGCUCGCACUGCGAGUUUGAGUUUAUUUUUUUCCUGGUCCGCAAGUGGGCAAUUCAUUAGCAGAUGCUCCGCAGUUCCGCUGGGGAAACCGCAUGCGCAAGCUGCAUCGCCAACAAGGUUAAAGCCGUGGAGUUUUGCUUUGAAAUCCCCACAUAUGGGCAUAUGGCCCAGUAAAAUAUUUAGCAUUUACUUCUAUUCAACAUAG